AUGCCGUCCCCGAGGACCCUGUGCAGCCUGCUGCUCCUCAGUGUGCUCUGCGUGGACUGGGCCAUGGCCGGCUCCAGCUUCCUAAGCCCCGAACACCAGAAAGUGCAGCAGAGAAAGGAGUCCAAGAAACCACCAGCCAAACUGCAGCCCCGAGAGCGAGAGCUCGAAGGCUGGCUCCGCCCAGAAGACGGAAAUCAGGAGGAAGGGGCAGAGGAUGAGCUGGAAGUUCGGUUCAACGCCCCCUUUGACGUUGGGAUCAAGCUGUCGGGGGCCCAGUCCCACUGGCACGGACAGGCCCUGGGGAAGUUUCUGCAGGACCUGUUUUGGGAAGAAGCCAACGAGGCCCCAGCAGACAAGUGA